AUGGGAAACCUGAACAUGGAAAAUAUCAGCAAGUUUUCUUGUUAUACAUUGGAGUUCGAAACCAAUGGAAAUCUCGUGCUCGUUGAUAAAGACACCACUGUCUGGACAUCAAAUACCCCGAACUCUGGCGCCAAAACAGCCGUCAUGUCUGAAAAUGGCAAUGUCAUUCUAUAUGGUGCUGAUCAACGCAUUGCAUGGGAAAGCUUUUCACGUCCAUCAGAUACUCUCCUACCAGGACAACCUUUGACAGUUUCUCUCGAGCUCAAAUCUUCAAAAUCGCCUUCACGUGGUGGUUACUACGCACUGAAAAUGUUACAGUAG